AUGCCUGACGACGAAGUUGAGCACAGUCCCGGACUAGUCGUUGUCGAAGAAGGAGGCGACCAGGAAAAAGAGAUAGACGAAGAAAGCAACAGACAGAAAGAUCGGCCAAGUUUUGGACUUGGAACUGAGCGGCCAGGGUUCGAACCUGCAGAGGAGGUCGUCGUCAUCGUCCCCCCAACUCUGACUCCACCUCGACCGCCUUCUACCCGGGUGUUGGGGGGCAUGAAAGAUCACCACCCGACGUCGUCGUCGUCCUACACAGCUGUCUGUACGGAAUCUCCUUCGCCCACCAAACUUUCUUCUUCAUCUUCUUCCUCGGACGACGACGACGGGACGGACGGAAUCAAGAAGAAGAAAAAAAUGCCGAAAAAGGUUCGCAAAUGGGAAAUUUUCCCCGGAAAGAAUCGCUUUUGUUGUGAUGGUCGAGUGAUGAUGGCCAAACAGACGGGGAUUUUUUACUUUACCUGCACACUUAUUAUUGUCACCAGUGGGUUGUUCUUCUGCUUCGACUGUCGAUACCUGGCUGUCAAUGUAACCCCUGCAAUUCCAGCCUUUGGAGCAGCCUUGUUUUUGUUUGUCAUCUCUACGUUGUUCCGAACUAGUUUUAGUGAUCCUGGAGUCAUUCCCCGAGCCACUCCUGAUGAAGCGGCUGAUAUUGAACGACAAAUAGUUUGUUUCUGUUUCUCCUGUGGUCUUUCUUCCCCCUCCCCUCUCCACCUCCUGUGGUCUUUCUUCCCCCUCCCCUCUCCACCUCCUGUGGUCUUUCUUUCCCCUUCCCUCUCCACCUCCCGUGGUCUUUCCACCUUCCCUCUCUCCACCUCCGGUCUUUCUUCCCCCUUCCCUCUCCACCUCCCGUGGUCUUUCUUUCCCCUUCCCUCUCCACCUCCCGUGGUCUUUCUUUCCCCUUCCCUCUCCACCUCCCGUGGUCUUUCUUUCCCCUUCCUCUCCACCUCCUCCCGUGGUCUUUCCCCCUUCUCCACCUCCCGUGGUCUUUCUUUCCCCUUCCCUCUCCACCUCCCCGUGGUCCUUUCCCCUUCCUCUCCACCUCCCGUGGUCUUUCUUUCCCCUUCCUUCUUUUUCCUCCCUCCACCUCCCGUCUUUUCCCUUCCCUCCCCACCUCCCGUGGUCUUUCUUUUCCCCUUCCUCUCCACCUCCCCGUGGUCUUUCUUUCCCCUUCCCUCUCCACCUCCCGUGGUCUUUUCCCUUCCCCUUCCCUCUCACCUCCCCACCUGGUCUUUCUUUCCCCUUCCCUCUCCACCUCCCGUGGUCUUUCCCCCUUCCUCUCCACCUCCCGUGGUCUUUCUUUCCCCUUCCCUCUCCACCUCCCGUGGUCUUUCUUUCCCCUUCCCUCUCCACCUCCCGUGGUCUUUCUUCCCCCUCCCCUCUCCUCCUCCCGUGGUAGCUACAUCCUGUUGCAUUGCCAUACACAAAUCAAGCAGCUGUCAGUCAAAUUUAAUUCUCUCUCGCUCUCUCUCUUUUCUUCUCUCUCUCUUUUCUUCUCUCUCUCUUUUCUUCUCUCUCUCUUUUCUUCUCUCUCUCUUUUCUUCUCUCUCUCUUUUCUUCUCUCUCUCUUUUCUUCUCUCUCUCUUUUCUUCUCUCUCUCUUUUCUUCUCUCUCUCUUUUCUUCUCUCUCUCUUUUCUUCUCUCUUUCUUCUCUCUUUCUUCUCUCUUUUCUUCUCUCUUUCUUCUCUCUUUCUUCUCUCUUUUCUUCUUCUUCUUUCUUCUCUUUUCUUCUCUUUCUUCUCUUUCUUCUCUUUUCUUCUCUCUCUUCUCUCUCUCCUCUCUCUCUCUUCUCUCUCUCUCCUUCUCUCUCUCUCUCUCUUCCUCUCUCCUCUCUCUCUCCUCUCUCUCUCUUCCUCUCUCUCCUCUCUCUCCUCUCUCUCUCUCUCCCUCUCUCUCCUCUCUCCCUCUCUCUCUCCUCUCUCUCUCUUCCUCCUCUCCCUCUCUCUCUCUCUUCCUCUCUCUCUCCUCUCUCUCUCUCCCUCUCUCUUCCUCUCUCUUCCUCUCUCCCUCUCUCUCUCUCUCUCUUCCUCUCUCCCUCUGAAAAUUUUUCAGCUUUGCUGA